AUGACGAUUUCGGUGAAAAUGAAUAAAAACGAAUUUAUUAUAAUAUUCGUUUUAUUUUGUUCGACCGUUGGUACGACCCUGGGACUCGACAGGAGUUUUUUAUAUCCCCACGGGAGAGGAGUACCGGAUAAGAUUUUACCACCGCAAGAUGAUGUAUCAAGUCCAGAACUCGUUUUAAAAACUCCAAUCGUUUUUUACGAUGAUAUAUACCAUUCGAUAUUCAUAAAUUCAAACGGACUCCUGUCGUUCAUAACGGAGCUUUCGGCAUUUUUUAACAUUCAAUUUCCAUUAGAUUAUCCGGUUAUUGCUCCCUUAUAUACGAAUGUCGAUAUAAGAGCAAGCGGAGCCGUUUAUUACAGGGAAUCCCAAGAGCCGCACAUAUUGGAAAGAGCAACGGAAAGUGUCAGGAAAGCUUUUAGUUACGCCCAAGAUUUCGAUGCGAAAAGUGUUUUGAUUGUCACGUGGGAAGAUGUGGGAUAUCAUAACCAAGGAGCUGACAAGGUCAACACUUUCCAAGCCAUUGUAAUAACCAAUGAACUUGACUCUUAUGUUGAAUUUUUAUAUCCCGAAGAUGGGAUUCAAUGGAUUAAGGGCACGGGAUCAUCAUCAAGUUUGCCAGAUGCUUUGGCACAAUCCGGUUUCGUAUCCGCUGAUGGACGUAUGAUAACUCUAAAAGGUUCUGGAACGGAUCAAAUUUCUCACUUGAACCAGUGGUCGAAUGUAGGAAAUCCCGGUCAGUGGUUGUUUCACGUUGGAAGAUUAGGACAAGAUGGAAAUGCAAGUCCACCGGAUGUUCAUUUCGAAAAAGAAGAGGAAGAACCGAAAGAUUGUACUGCGGGUGUUUUUUAUUGUCACAGCAAAGCCAUGUGCGACAACUAUCAAACGGGUUUUUGUUGCGUCUGUCAACCCGGUUUCUACGGAAACGGAAUUAGCUGCCUCAACGAAGACGUGCCCGUACGUGUUAAUGGAAAAGUGAGCGGAGUCGUCAACGGCGUAAACAUUACCGAUGUCGUUCUUCAAGCUUACGUCGUGCCAAAAGAUGGAAGAUCCUACACCGCAUUAUCUAAAGUACCCAUGAAUAUCGGAUACGACAUGCAAAGCUUAAAUGUUUUGGGUACGACAAUAGGCUGGUUAUUUGCAAAACCGGUUAAAGGUGCCACAAACGGAUAUCAGUUAACGGGUGGAGUUUUUAAUCAAACGGUAAAAGUAAACUACCCGCAAACCGGUCACCAAUUGAUUUUGAGACAGAAAUUUACCGGUCUUGACGUUUUCGAACAACUAACCAUGACAGCGGAAAUAAAAGGCGAUAUUCCAAAUAUUCCAAUCGGAAGUAAAAUAAUUAUUAAAGACUACGACGAACAGUACACGCCCAUUGGGCCGGGUCAACUUCUCGGUCAUUCUUCGCAAGUGUUUCAACUUGAAGGGGUUCAAAUUGAUAACACUUUUACCGUCGAACAAAACAUUCAGUAUCACGAAUGCGAACAUUCGGGAACUUCCGUCCAUCCUUUCCGUUUAAAGGUCGCUAGAAAUUUCAUCGGCUACGAAACCGAAAACAUAAUAAGAUACGCCAUGAAUAAUAAAGUGACUCCUCUGGGAGUGGACGAGGACCCGUGUAAAGAAGGUAGAAAUCAUUGCGGAAGACACAGUACGUGCAUAGCCGAGGGGGAUACUUUUCGUUGCGUGUGCAAUCCCGGGUAUCAAUAUGCUGUCUCGAACGAUACGGAAAGAAUGUGCGUGGAUAUUGACGAGUGCAGUGCAGGCACGCAUAAUUGCGAUUCUAACGCUGUUUGUAUCAACAAUCAAGGAUCGUUUUAUUGUCAGUGUAAUCCUGGAUUCUCUGGUGACGGUUUAACUUGCAAUAAGGAAAUGACGUGUGACGACAUAAGAUGUGAUGCGAACGCGUAUUGCAUACAAAGAGCAAGAAACAUGCCCCAAUGUUUUUGCAGGCAGGGAUUUGAAGGAAAUGGAACUUUCUGCACAGUUUUCGAUGAGAGAGAAAGCAGACCUGAUUAUAGACCACAAUAUCCGUACGAUUAUGGUCACACCCCUUAUCCGGAUUAUAAGGUUGAAGAAGAAUCUCAAAGGGUGCCGGAUUACAGAGUGGACGGCGGUCAAGAUAACAGACCCGAUUACAGAGUCACCACAAGUCCUGAUUAUCGACCAGAAUGGGGUCACGAUUACAGACCGGAUUACAGGCCUGAUUAUAGACCAGACUAUAGACCUGAUUACAGACCAGAGCAUAGACCAGACUACAGACCUGAUUAUAGACCGGAUUAUAGGCCUGACUACAGACCGGACUAUAGACCAGAUCACAGAACCAAUGCGGGAGGACAUUAUUCACCGGAUGAAAGUCGUAAAUACGGUACAGACUACAGACCCGGUGAAAGUCCUGAUUACAGACCGGAUGGAGGGUAUGAAUAUCGUCCAGAUUACGGACCAGUAGGUAACGAGUACUGGCCAGACUACAAACAAGGAGGAGGAGGAGGAGGAGGUCAAGAUUACAGACCAGAAUAUAGACCCGAUUAUAGAACGGAUGUAGGACGAGACUACGGACCUGAAUAUAAAACCGAUUACAGGCCUGAUGCAAGAUCGGAUUAUGAAAUUCCAGCUCGGUGCGUUCUCAAUUUGUGCCACUGUCCAGAAGGAUACGAUUUGGACGACGUGCAAAAAAAAUGUUUUAGACAAGCCGACACGCGUAGAACGGAUGAUCGGUAUGGACCUUACGAAGCAGACGACAAUUUUGAGUUGCAACGACCGGAACCUUUUUGCCUUUUCCCAGGAAAAUGUGUUUGCAUUAAAAAUUACCAAUUUAACAACGUGACGAAUAAAUGCGAUCCCGUCACGCGAAACGAUACGAUAUUGAACACGAAAGGCAAUGUCGGGUUCGAAAUAUCGUGCAACGUUUUAAACAGAUGUCAUCCUCACGCUCAGUGUCUUCCAACGUCACCAACCGGAAAUUACAGGUGCGAGUGCAAUCCCGGAUAUCAAGGAGACGGUAUCGAAUGUUCUCCCUCGAGCGGCGGAUCUUUUCCUUUCGAAGGAGAUGAAUGUUCAUCUCCGCUCGAUUGCGUCGGAGAUGCCGAAUGCGUUUUCGAUACACAAUUGAGAAGAAACACGUGCGUAUGCUUCAGAGGAUUUUUCAAAGAUCCGAUUUCUAGAACGUGCGUCGAAGAACGUUUAGAUGAAUCGACUCGGGAAAAUUGUUUCGAAGUAAACAUUUGUCAUCCGUAUGCGGCUUGCGUUGUGAGAGAAGAAACCGGUAAACCCGAAUGCGUUUGUCGACCCGGCUACGAGGGAGAUGGAAAAAUCGAUUGCAGGAAAAGUGAGGCUAACUGUCACGUGACAUUCAAUUGCGCCGAAGGAACGGCCGAUUGUUUAUUUGACGAUGCUGUCAAUGAAUACAGAUGCCGAUGCAGACAGGGUUACGAAGGUGACGGUUUAAAUUGCACCCCCAUAGUCACGUGUGCAGAAAACGCAUCCCUCUGCGGAGAACACGCUUCGUGUCUUCCAUCACAACUCGGUGGUUAUUCGUGUCGAUGCGAUCCUGGAUUCGUUGGAAAUGGGAUACGAUGUAAACCCGAACCUGAAAAAACCGGAAAUUUUUUACUAUUAAAUCAAGGGAACACAAUGUUAAAAGUUCCUUAUAAUCCAACGAAUCACGAUCCGGCUAAACCCAUCAUGAUGCAAUAUUUACAACAAUCGAUAGGAAUCGAUAUCGAUUGUACCGAGAAUAGAGUUUAUUGGAGCGAUAUUGCUGGGAAAAAAAUUGAAAGUGCAACGUAUAUGGGAACGGAUGUUAAAAAAUUCAUAACAGACGGAAUUCAAUCCGUGGAAGGUUUGGCCAUAGAUUGGCUUUCCCGAAACAUUUACUGGACCGAUUCGAAAAAGGAUACGAUCGAAGUCGCACAUUUGGACAACAACAAUCUAAGAAAAGUUUUAAUUAACGAAGGUUUGGUUAAUCCUAGAGGAAUCGCCGUUCAUCCAUCCAGAGGGAAAGUAUUUUGGUCGGAUUGGAACAGAGCAGCGCCAAAAAUCGAAUGGGCAAAUUUAGAUGGAACCGCGAGAGCCGUUUUCGUCGAAGGACCCUCAGUUCAAUUACCAAAUUCGUUGGCCAUUGAUUUCGCGACGGAUGAACUCUGUUGGGCGGAUGCUGGAACCAAAGCUAUCGAAUGUACAGGUAUAGUAAACAGGUAUUCGAGAACGGUAACGAAAAAUUGCAGUUAUCCUUUCGGUCUUGCCAUAUCUCAAAAUCAUUAUUACUGGACGGAUUGGACGACGAGAAAAAUCGAAAGGUUCGAAAGGUCGAGUCAACGUUUGGAUAAAGCAUUGAGCGUGCCCAUUGUGGGAAGUGCUAAAUUAUACGGCAUCGUCGCAGUACCGGAUUCUUGUCCGAGACUGUCCAACAUUUGUCAGCACGAUUACGGAAGGUGUCCGGAUAAUCAUUUGUGUUUACCCGACGGAACCGGUGGAAGAACAUGCGUUUGCGUCAAAUUAUUUACCGACGUGAAAAAUCCGGUUCAAUUCAAAAACAAAAUGUGA